UAGUCUGUUCAGAAACUUAUUAUGCAAAAUGAAUGUACAAUAAAAAAAAAAGAAAAUUUACUACUUUACGUACUCUUAUGCAUUUUUUAAAAGAUAUUGGUUGCAUCCCACAGUAUUAAUACACAUACCUUAGAGGAUAAAACAUGGAUGACCUGUCAAAUGUUACGACUGUACCUUUGACCAACUCAAACUUUGUACAGCCUUUUCGGAUGCUUUUCAAACAAGCAGGGAAGGACAAGUCAUGGGAUCUUGUUAGAGUACAUGAAAGUGUGGCGAUAAUCAUUUUUAAUAUCUCAAGAAAGAAACUUGUCUUUGUUCAACAGUUUCGUCCUGCUGUAUAUAUAAAUUCCAUCCCUGCAGAAAACCGCACAAAUCCCAUUGAUACCACAAAAUACCCUGCCAAAUUAGGUUUUACCUUAGAGCUUUGUGCAGGGAUUGUUGAUAAGCAAAAACCUCUUACUGAAAUCGCAGCAGAAGAGAUACUUGAAGAGUGUGGCUAUAAGGUAGAUCAUGAGAAGUUGGAAUACAUUAUUCAAUUUCAUUCAGGGGUUGGGCUUUCUGGUGACCCACAGACAAUUUUUUAUGCAGAAGUAACUGAUGAUAUGAAGGUUAGUUCAGGUGGAGGCAACCCAGAGGAAGGUGAACUUAUUGAUGUAGUUGAAAUGAGCAUAGCAGAGGUGGAAACUUACGUCUCCCAGAAAAGUGUUCCAAGUCCUGGGGGUUUUCUUUUUGGUCUGCAAUGGUUCUUCAAUAAAAAGGCAUCGUUGUAUGUUUCCUGAAGACCAAGAUUAAUACAGUGCAAUAACCC